AUGCCCCAAAAAAGAUCUGGCUUGGUGGUGCCGGUCAUUUUAUGGGGAUCGAAGCCGCCUUCCAACUCCAUCACUCAUCUCACAGCAGUGAAUCAAGGCCAAACAAUAAUCUCUGGUGGGAAAGAAGGGCAGCUAGUCCAAUGGACGGUCGAUCAAGACAAUUGGAUCCAACCUCAGAGCAUGAUGAUCGCCCAUUCGGCUCCAAUUUCUUGUCUGGCUCCGGCUUUGAAAGGUCCACAUUGCUCGUAUGUUUGUUUAAUUGUUUGUUUUUCUUUAGGUAAUGUGCAAAAUUGAGAAAAAAAAGCAAAUUAAAAUAUCUGCUUUUAGAAGGUAUGUGAGCUGCUCCGAAGAUGGUCUGAUUUGUUUGUGGAACAGUAAUGGAGCCAAGGUGGUUGAAAGUGCUUGUCAGCAAUAUGUACAUAGAAAGAUUGUGUCAUAUGUAAGUGUUGGUCAAACUAUAUCUAAAAUCCUUUUCAGACAUUCAGCAGUGAUGAUCAUGCCCUACCAAAAUUGUUUUGCAUUGGUGAUUAUAGCGAAGUUAUCAUAUUAGACGCUCUGGAUUUGAAUAUUACUUGUUUUUUGAGAUCACGGAUCGAAUCAGACUGGUUGAACACAAUGACUCUUGUCUAUCCGAAUGAGAAACGUGAGAUUCACUGUUGUUUAUUCAGACCUUAAUCAGAUGUAGUUCUCGGGAUAACAGUUUCCGGCGUCAUCAAGAUGUGGGGUCUUCAAGAUCUGGAGAAGAAAGAUCCGACUAGUCUAAUAUAUGAAGAUGAGGCCAAGCCGCUAGGACUCAAAUCUGUGCGAGCGAUUUGUUGUUCCAGACAAAAUUCUAGGAUGAUGCUGGUGAUUACGGCCACUUCGUGGCAAGUAAGUUGUCUUCAAUACUAUCUUUAAUGUUUAGAUCAUUGAUCCAAGUGCAUUGCAUCAGUUAAUUGUAUCCCAAACCGCAAUCGAGGCGGUCAAUGGAACAAUCAUUGAUAUCGAUAGAAUAGCCGUUGGUUUCGCUGAUUCAACUGUUGUUCUUUUUCAACUUCCAAGAAGGUACCUAAAGUUAUAUUUUUGUGUGUGAUGAUUUUAGUCGAUUGGUGGGCAAAAAUGUUCGUGAUAGAUUUGGAGAUCGUCCUGUUCCGUUAGGAAAUAUUGAACAUCCAUUUGUAUUUGCGAUUCUCAGAGGUAUCAAAACAGCGGAUAAGGUAGGAUUUGAAAUUGAUUUUCAGUUCAAUAUUACUUUAGAUUCCUAGUCGGGCUACCUUUUACUUUGAGACUAGAGCCAAUGACACGGAGAGUAAAGUGGUCUACAGAGCGGACAACAAAGGAAAGAUGAGUCUCUGGUCGAUUCCAAAGAACUUUGAUGCUUUGGUUGAGGAAUUCAUCAGGAAAAGGAAUCCGACAGGUAUUAUUCAGCUUCAUUCUAUUGUUUUAUUUUAGUUUACGAUCCAACAACUCGUCAGAGUUUUGGAAGUGUUUGGGAACGUUUGAAUCCGCCACCUCCUUCAAUAAUCAAAAUGGAAGAUUCAAAACCAAUUACGGCUACCAUUUACAUCAGUUGUCAAGGGAAGUUACUUCUCGGCCGAAACGACGGGUCGAUUGUGAUGACCCAUGCUUUUAGUGCUCUCAGUUCGCAACUGUUUGAGGCAUCGAGUGGUAUGUUUAGUUAACCUAUUGGCGACUCUGAGUUUAGAAGUGCAGCAUCGAGUACUACAAGGUCACACAUCGGCGGUCCAAUGCUUUUUGUAUCCGUUCCAACAAGACGAACGAUAUGAUCCGGAGAUAUUCUUGUCCGGAGGCCUGGAUUUUGCAGUAAUUGUGUGGAAUUUGAGUACAGGAACUAAAUUGCAUCGGUUUUGUUCUCAAGGGGGUCCCAUUUUGAGAAUGUUGGUACUGCCUGAGAAUUGCAAUGUACGUUCAAUUUUUAUUAUUUGAUUGGUUUUUAGCCCCGAUUGACUCAUUGCAUCUGUUCUGUUGCCGGAGAUAACUCAGCGGCCCUGUUGAGCUUGAAAGAAAAGCGAUGCAUUCUCUUGGCCAGCCGACAACAAAGUCCAAUUCAACAGGUGAAGUGGAGACCUUUGGAUGAUUUUAUGUUAUUGAAAUGUGAAGACGGACAUGUCUACGUUUGGCAGAUGGAAACUGGGAAUCUGGAUAGGAUUGUAGGCGGUGUUCUGGCUACAGAUGUAUUGGCUGCUUCUGAUGAACAAAGUGGAAUCACCGAGAUUGAUGACAAGGCUAGUGCCUCACAAGCCGUCAGAAUGCUUAGAGCCAUAAAAAACAAGAAUAUUGACGCGGUAAAUACAAUAAAAAGUAUAUAUUGGUUUAGAUUAAGCAAGUGGUGUCUAAUAACGACUCCAAGAAACAUUGGUUCGACUCGAGUUCCACUCUCCUCCCAUCACCAAUGGAUAUUGUCCAGCUGAAGAAAUCAUCGAAUGACGUCCACAUGAUCCUGUUCAAUGUUGAUGCUCUAAUAACUGGACUUAAGGCUACUGAUGAAGCGAUCGGAAAAGGAGUUCCAAAUUCUGACAGCAGUUUUGAUCGACGGCAAUCUCUUUCGACACUAAUCACCCGCAAAUCAGAAGGCGCCCUCCAAAAUCACUUGCCUUAUAAUUCGAAUAAUAUGGGAACAGUAAACCGAGCAAAUGGGGUUUCUACAGCCAAACGAUGGCAAAUGGAGACUAAUCUUUAUAUGAAUACGGCCAAACUGUUGGUUUCCCUGUUACAUGGGUGGAAUCUGGAUGAAAAUGUGGAUAAUAUAUGUGUGAACAAGUUGAAAUUACAGAAACCUAAGGCUCCAAUUUGUUUCGGGACAAUAAGUAAGAAAGGUGGGUAAAAUUAUAGGUAGAAUUGUAAGGAUUAUUUAAUCUUUUUCAUUUCAGGGUUUGUCUCUCUUUCGCUUCCCUUUUGUACUGGUAAAAGUGCUCCUUUCAACGAUUUAUCAUUUCGCAACUUUUCCUUGAAGCUCAGAUGGAAGGACGAUCCCCAACUCACCACCAUUCACUUACUUUCCCUCGUUUCCAUUUCCAAUGCGAUGAUGUCACUUAAGAGUCGUAUUUUGCAAACCUCCCACUCCCGGCCUCUCCUUCGGAGGGUACCGUCCACCAAGUCUACAGAUACCAAUGAAUCUGACUCGGAGGGGCAUCUUGUAAGACAAGGAUGGUCUCAUGUUGCCUCAAUGCAUUGUGUGUUGAUCUCAGAGCUGGUUAAACCGCCAGAUGAAUACGCCUCACCUGAUAUUGAACUAGUGGUGAGGAGAUGGCAUGACUCUUGCGUUGAGAUCAAGGAUGCCGCGCAGGCUCUACUGAUUAGAGAGUUGUCUAGAAUGAGCAAAGAAGGUAAGACUGAUUCUUUCUCAUAUAAUAGGUUAUGUAAAUAAUUUUUUAAAACCACAAAAAUCGACCGAGAUUAUUAAAUUUCCUGUCUCAAUAUGCUCGACUCACUCCAGAUGCGAUAUAUGACGAACAGUGGUUAAGCUGAAUCUGAUUUAAACCGAUUUACGCUUCUUAAUCAAACACGCAACAACAGAAUCCAAGAAUUUUAGGAAUUAUUUUCAAAAAGUGCCCUCAGGACCAUAAACACCACGUGGGUAUCGGAAUAGCAUACCGUUAGAAUCAGCAGAGAAUCAUGAUUAGUUUCUCAAAUUAUCACGGCUUCAUCCCACCUAGUGAUAAAGAAAGACAAAUUUUUGUUACCCUGAUCCAAACUUUUCCGAUCCCCAGGGCAAAGGAAUAUUUUGGUAGAGUAGAGCAUAGAAUCGAUUGGUGGUCAAGUUUGUUAAGACAUGGAAUGCAUAUCUAUCACUGUUUUAGAGUUUCAGACUGGCCCAAGUUCAAUCGGCGGUAGAAAAAAAACUAAAAAUCCAUUUUUUUAUGUCCACGGCUGGUUCAGUGACUCAAAAAUUGUUUUAAUUAAUGGGGUUAUAGGAAGACGAGCUCUCAUCGAUCACUGGACACCUUUCCUCCCCACUCUCUUGGAUCCGUCGAUAUCAAUAUUCGGUUACCGAGAUUCGCCGAAUGGCCACAAACUUCCCUCGCCGCCUCAGCCCAACUUCAUUGUUAAUAACACCGAUCAGAAAGUCCCUCCUCCUCGGCCUGCUCCUCCGAUACCUCCAAGAAAAGGUGCUGUGGAAUUGCCUGAAGUGAAUUCUGUAGAGUCAUCAAAAGAAAACGUGAGCAACAUCACUUCGAACAUAAAUAUGGAGAAUGCGGAUACUGUUGGUGGAUUACAUCAAGUGCGGAGGAACCAGGCGACGGCAGUGGUUCUUCUCGGAGUGUUUGGAGCCGAGUUCCCCAAGGAACUUCCUAAUGUUGACCUGACUAGAUCCAUCAGUCAUGCGUUGGUGGAGUUACUAGUAUCAGAAGAAACUCCCUUGUUACCCGCACAUUCAGCUUUGAGGAGAGCCGCGAUCGAUCUGAUUGGAAGGGGAUUCACUGUCUGGCAGCCCCACAUUGAUCUUUCCAAAGUUCUUCUUGGUCUUCUCGCAUUGACAAGUAUUGGCGAAGAUGAGCCGGAUCUGAAGGGGCCUAUCAGUCCUGAAGUUGAUUCCUUCCGAACAGCCAGACAUGCGCUUUCAUUGAUUGCCUCGUCAAGAGCCAAGGCUUUGAUUAAUGCAUUGAGUAUGGAGGUAGCCAGAUACAAUUCUCUCACUCAACAUCAGACUGUCCAGCAAAACAUCUUCAGUCCAUUGAUGAAGUCGAGGAAUGAAGUUUUAAGACUACUGGAACAACUUUCAGAGAAGCAUUACAACGAUGUGGCGGAUAUGAUUACACCGGUAUGCUAGUAGAAAUAUUAAGUACAGUAUGGGCACUCGGGACUUGCAACCUUAUUUCAAGGAUUCCUCCGCAAACCCUGCACCAAUCUCAAUAAGAUAUAUCAUAUUGACACUGGGACCAUAAUCUUUUGUCCACCCUUUCUGCUAAUUUUGAAGAUUUGUUCAGCCCAAAACUCAAAAGUUUUUGCAGCCGUACCGGUUUCAGUGGACAUAGGCUCGCCAUGUCCGGAGGACAAAAAGUGGUGUGCCUCUUCAAUCUAACGUAAAUUUCGUAGAAAUUGGUACAGUAUUUGCGGAGAAAUACCUAAAGUAAUGUUAGAAGCCCCGAGUAGACCACCUUGUGUAUUAUAAUUUUAGGUGGGAGAUAUACUUGUUCAUUGUUUGGAUAUAAACAGACUGAAGCAAAACUCUCUGGCGGAAAUAUUCCCUCCAAUUGCAAAGUAAGUUUAGUCCGAUGAAUACUAUUCGCGCCAUAAAGUCCCGACACAUUUACUGCCGAUGUCAUGCGGCGCGAAAAUUGAAGUGAGCUCGCGCGAAGGUUCACGUCGCUAGUGCAAAAUUGUCGGGACUUUAUGGCGCGAGUAGUAAACGGUCGUUUAGAUUCUAUAUGGUUGGAUAUUGUGGUGCCACCAGGAGAGUUGCCUUUGGUGGAAAGAACGGAUCAAUUGUUGUACAUGAUCUGAAGGCAGCCAAGGCACAAACAAUCGCUGCUCACAAAGCCGCCAUAACUGCGCUUUCCUUCUCUCAAGAUGGCAAGUAUAUGGCUGCUUAUAGCGCCCAGGAUGCCAAGAUCAGCUUCUGGCAAUCGCAGCAAACAUUUUUGGUAAGUGAACACGGUUUUAAAUAUUUAUUCUUGUUUUAGUCAUCUACAAUCUUCGUUCGAAUAAAUAAUAAUUGAUUUCAUUGCAGGGCAUGGGGCAGAAUCAGAUCCGCUGUGUAAAGACUCUGCCCGCCCCCUCUGAGUUCCCGGUUGUGAGCCCCGGAGGCACCUAUCAGCCCUUCAGGGCUAGACUAGUCUGGAUCAACAACAAGUCGUUGACGCUAAUGCUUCCGAACGGAAAAGAAAACAGAUUUUCGGUUUAA